CAGAGGAAAAGUCUUGAGAGAUCCAAGACUGGAGAUUACUUAAAGCAUAAAAUCAGAAGCCGACCAGAUAAAUCUGAGCUCAUCAACAUGCACAUUUUACAAGAGUGCAGAUAGCGGUAAACACUGCUGAUUUCAGGCCUUUCUACAACUCAGACAACUCUGUGGACAUGACUCGCUUGCCCCCUGGACCCCAUCUGGCUCCAUCACUGCGAUCAAGCCACAAGCAACAGAGAAAACACCUCAUGUGAUUGUUGUCCAAAAAAGAUUAUAAAAAUUGGAUAAUUUACCUGUUAAUAAAUGCAUGUUCACACCAAGAAAGAUAACUAUAAAGACAAAUAAAUUAGCAUCCAUGUCAGUGGAUAAAAACAUUAUUUAUAUUAAGCACGAUUCACACUAUUUCAGUGUAUGAACCCUUAAAAUUAUAAUAGUUUUGGAUUGGCUGUCAAUGUCAUCCAAGAGUGCCAUCCUUUAAGCCAAAGCAAUUUAUGUAUCUUUAUUGUUAUAGUUGUGAUGUCGACUCCACUAUCCUCUUAGACUUUGAGUCUUUUUUUAAACCAUCAUCCUUAUAAUUUUUGGUGUGAACAGACUGUAAAAAAAUCUAACUAGGAAUUAUCCAAAAUAAAUCAAAACUAACUGCUAUUUUCUACAUACUGUGUAGAUCUUCAAAGUAGCCAAUCUUUGCCUAGAAUUUACAAAACCAUACUCUCAGCACUUUAUUAACCACCUUAGGAAGGUCUCACCCUGGGAUGCUAAUUAAACAAAUGUUUUGUUUUGCAAAUUAAAAAUGUUAAUCUUGCCGUAAUUAUAUUUCUCUUUACAUAUCUUAUUUCAGACAAACAACAUGCCUUUAGAUUUAACAGUUUUAUGACAAUAAAAUCAUCAUCAUCAGUCAAGUAUCCCUUAACUUUUGAACGGCAGUGUAUUCACCAAGUAGACACAAGCUGCGUGUUUUGUGGCUGCGGUCAUUUCAACUGUUUACAGUGGAAGCAUUUUGACACUUCGAAUGAUCCGCGCUGACUGAUGAGCACCUAGGGUGCGCCCUGACUUGGAAACUCACACAAUAACUGUUUAUUCAACAAAUGACCACAUCAUUUAUGUGUUUGAGUGAAGGGCCGCUGUACUGGAUUAAUAGUGCUUACCAGCAUUCUGUUUAUCACGCAGACACGCCCAGCGAGGGCCCUGCUCAAGACUCGCAGACGAAACUCAAGCGAGCCAGGCUUGCAGACAACCUGAACGAGAAAAUCGCUCUAAGACCGGGCCCGCUGGAGCUUGUUGAGAAGAAUAUCAUUCCUGUCGAUUCCACUGUUAAAGAAGCAGCAAUAAAAGUGAACCAUGGGAAGUACCCCAAACAGGAGGACUCAUAUGCUUUUGAGGAGGACAGCAGCAAUGAGAGUCUGUCCCCUGAACAGCCCCACAGUGAAGAAUCGCAGGGUUUCGCUGAACCCCUCCUGGAGAACAAAACCAGUGGCUCGGCCUCCCCCACCCUUAACAGCACCAGCCAUGGGUCUCAGAACAAAGAUGUGACCACUCAAAACCAAGAGGACAAUGCACAUGCCACAAACAACCAGGCAUCUCCACCCAUUCCAGUCCCUGCUAUAGUCAAGCAGUCCAAAAUGUCUGACAAGAACCGCCACAAAAAGCCCAAAGAUAUCAAGCCCAAAGUGAAGAAGCUCAAGUACCACCAAUACAUCCCACCGGACCAGAAGACAGAAAAAUCUCCACCUCCACCAAUGGACUCCGCCUACGCACGGCUCCUUCAACAACAGCAGCUCUUCCUGCAGCUGCAGAUCCUCAGCCAGCAGAAACAUCAGCAGCACUCAUUUUCCCAUCAGCACCAGUGUGCACAGAGCCAGAGCUUCAGUUACCAGCCCUUAAACCAGCACACACCAAACAAGCAAUCCAGUGAACGACAAACAUCAUGCAGUUCAAGUGUACCAACUAGCGGUGUAAAUAGUAGCUCCUCAUCUCCUGUUAAGACCACCUACUGUAAUCCCACCCCCAUCACCUCAGUAAGGCCAGGACCAUUGCCUGCAAACCUGGAUGACUUAAAAGUGUCUGAACUAAGGCAACAACUGAGAAUACGUGGCCUGCCUGUGUCUGGCACUAAAACGGCCCUAAUCGAGAGACUGCGGCCCUUUAAAGAUUCCAGCUCCAGUUCCCCGUCCAGCUCAGGAGACAUCAGCACUGUGACUUUCCCAGUGACCCCCACAGGAUCUCUGUCGUCGUACCAAUCCCCAGGCUCUUCAAGCGUCAUGUCUCACGGUGGGGGUUACUACCCGUUCUGCAGCACCAGCUCCACUCCACCCAUCUCACCAGCCUCUUCUGACCUCUCAGUCAGUGGCUCCCUGCCCGAUAGCUUCAGUGAUGUCACCAUGUCCUCCCCACAAUUUGGCCUACAGCCAUCACCAGCCCAACUGAGCACAGAUGAAGCCCAGAGCAUUUCAGUUGGCCUUGGAGUGGGUUGCCAGGCCGGUUUAGAGUCUCUAGGUAUAGAUGCUGAAAAGGACAAGAUGUUGGUGGAGAAGCAGAAAGUGAUUGAAGAACUCACAUGGAAGCUGCACCAAGAGCAAAGACAGGUGGAGGAGCUACGGAUGCAGCUCCACAAGAGGAAGCGUGGCCACUGCUUGCAAGAUUGCCCUGCUCCACCACCAGGACACCUACCGCAACACAUGAUGCAUCUUCAGCCUCCAGCUCCGAUGCAACAAUUUUAUGGAGUAUCUGUUAAACAGGAACAUGUGGCUUCAAGCUGCCCUCUUUCAUCCAAACAGCUCAAAGGUUGCCCCAGCAAUAGCUGCUUGGAGAGGAUGGGUCACUGUGAUUUACACAGUAGUCCUCACUGCCUCGAGGUGCCUUCUUCUGGAAGUACUGCUGGCCUCUCAGCAUUUCUGAGCCCUCAAUGUUCUCCUCAAGAUUCGCCCGUUACCAAAAACUCCAGCAGCCCCCAGCCCAACAGCCUGCCUUCAUCCCCCAGCCACCCAUACAUGCUGACCCCACCUCUGGCUAGAGAUGGAUGCUCUCACCCAAUCCCUCAAAAUGGACCCAGAACGCAUAAUAUGCAGCUACAGCAGAAAAAUGUCGGACAGUCCGUAAGCUGCGGAUAUGCAUCUGACCGAAGAAGCUUGCAGCCUAUGUACCAAAGCCCUGCAGAGAACAACUUAAACCCCAGAGGGUUAUCCAAGGCCAAGAAUGCUAACUUGCAAAAAGAGGCAAUAUUGCACUCUGCCAGGCACGUUGAGCCAAAGUCUCCCACCUCCACCACUGUCUUCUGUAGUUCAGAUUCUUCUGCAUCCGACACUAAACAGCCCCCAUGCUAUGAGGAUGCUGUAAAACAGCAGAUGACUAGAAGCCAGCAGAUGGAUGAACUUCUAGACGUCCUUAUUGAGAGCGGAGAAAUGCCAGCUAACGCCAAAGACGAGAGGUCACCUGUAACCAAAGUUGUGCCUCACCUUACAGUUUCACCGACCGGCGGCGCAACUUCCAUACCGAAGUUCCACAGACACUUCAGCCACACCUUGAUUCCCUACGAACACACGGGAGGUCACGGGGACGGCCACUUGGAGGUGCUGCUGAGUCGGCAAGGAGACGCGGUGCUUCUAAAGAUGGGUGGUGAAGAGGGACAGUUGGAGGAGGCGGGAGAAAGCUUCACAGUCCCGCAACACGAUGAGAAGUUGCUUAUCAACCGUGAUAUGAUGGACACACCUUUAACCACAAUGGCAACCAAAGUCUUGCCGGUUGCUGCAGAGAACCAAGGGCUUUUUACAGAGUCACCGUGGGAAACGAUGGAAUGGUUGGACCUGACUCCACCCAGCUCGGCUACAGCGUUUAAUAACAGCAUCCCUCCUCCCGGCCCGAGCAUCUUCAACACGGAAUUCCUUGACGUGACAGAUAUCAAUUUGAACUCUGCAAUGGAUCUGCACUUAGAACACUGGUGAGCUGGAGCACACUCUUCCGACAGCAAGAUAACCAGCAAAUGUUUCAAUGCCAAAGCAUCACUAAGCACUUCGAAAACAUCAUGUCAAAACCAUGUCAAAAAAAGAUCUCAACAUGCUGCAGAUGAGAUGAGAUUUUAUUCAUCUUUCUAGCUUUAGGACUCUUUAUAAGUUUGGCUGAAAGUAAGCAUGUGUGUUUUAAUAUUGUUUUAUCACAGUCCAUCAAAACUUGAAAAUCGUUUUGAAUGGAUUCUGGGAAGAAUGUUUUUAUUACUGGAAAAAAGAAAGAUCCUACAAAGCAAAUUGGAUUCAAGCAGGGAUGUCCAUACCAAAUUCAAAAGCAUUUUGUGAAAUCAUUUGUAAAUAUUCCAUUGUACGGACAACAAAGAAACCAAUUUGACGUUUUAUUUUAUAUGCACAUUUGUGGUGUGGGAAACAGAUGUUCACGAACAUCAAUCUAGUAUAUCACGUACUCUAUUGUGCUUUGUAAAUAAUACUUCACACUUUGCACCUUGAGUAGUAUAGGGCUUAGUCCUAAAUGUCACACUUUUGCUUCUGCAUAUAUUUUUAUAAGCAUUUAUUUUUCUGUUAUCUCUAAUUGUUUAAUUUAUUUAGAGACCCGAAGCUUUUGGUUUUUGUGUUACUCUUGAGUUAAUGUGAGAGUAUAUUAUUCAUAUUCAGAAAAGAAUAGAAUAGACCAUUUGAUUCUUAAACUACAUUGGGUCUUCAUAAUCACUGGAGAAAUAACUGUAAUUGAAUCAAAUUUUGUAUUCUGUAAAAUAAGAGUUGAACACUCAUUAGGGCAAAGAUUGAUUAUUCGAUCACUACUUAUUCCAGUGUUUUCCAUUCUAAAAUACCUAAAGUCAUUAAUGUUAUUUAGACACUUUUUUAUUUUUUUUAACAGGUUUGAUAUAUUUUUUGCCCUUGAGAUUGUACUCUUCUGAUGUAUUUAUUUCAUUUAUUUCUUUAAAUUGGCAUAUUUAUAAAAACAUAUUUAUGAGACAUUCCUUUACAUAAAACAAAAAAACUAAAUUCAUGAGUAAACUUGCAAAUGGUUCACCAGUUUGAAAAUUGUUAACAAUUGAUAUUAAUGAUGUUACACAAUUCCCAAACUUUGAUUUAUGUAUUAUAGCAUACAUGCACUGAUAAUCCUUUGCUUUUGCUACAGUGGCAACUCUGAAACCAAAACAGAAAUUAUCCGAUUCAUGCGUUUUUUUCUUAAAUCAAAGUGUGAAAUAAUGAAUGUAAAGUGCCUGACAGAACUGUUCUCUCCUGCCAAUGUCAAUCAAGUCUCAAAAGAGAAGCAAUAAUGAUGGGUGAUCUAGAUUUUACCAGCACUUGUGGAAAAAAAGUAAUAUAUGGGCUAUUUUAACUUUAACUGUGAAAUAGGAUUUCAUCAAAUGUGGUAAAUUUGGGACCUUAUUUUUAAAAUGGUUAUUGAUUAGCAAAAAGCUGAGUUUCUUUAUAAAUAACAUUAGCUGACCAGAAAAACUGUGAAUUUUUUUCUUAGUCUCUAACAUUUCACUCAGCCUUCAGCUUCUGAGUUGUACAGAACAUACUGUUUGUCCCAGGGAUGAGUGGGAUGGAUGCUAUAGUGCCUUCAGUAUAUCCUAAAUAUGACAUGAAUCUGACUUUUAACGAGGCUUUGACACAAAACAAUUUGGGUUAUAAUUACCCAAUGAUUAAGCAUUAAAGGGCAUUAUAGACCAUGAAGGAAUGCUAUAUUAUGCUCACUAUGACUCAGUGUUAAACGCAGUACUUUUUUAAAGUAUUAAUGACCAGCAUGUGUACUAUUAAAUAAAGAACAAUGCAAAAUUGAAGAUUUUAGGUUUAUAAUCUUGGUCCUAAAUAGUGAAAACGUUUUGUAGUGCAUUGCAGUAUCAAUUCAUUAAGAAAAAAAAUCAGUUGAGCUUUACUUACUUUCCAAUUUCAUUUUUUAAGAUGUGAAAUAUCAUUCCACAACAGGUCUGCUGAUCCUGAUACAGAAUAUCAACAGUGUUGAUACAAAAUUACAGUAUUAUUGGUUUUUCAGAUGUUUUCUCACGGGAACUUGUAACUAGUUUACGAUAAUUCGUAUAAGCGUAUAAUAAAAAUGUAUGAUUAUUAGACUUAACUUAACGUCAAUGGUGCGAAUGCAAAUCUUAAACGUGCGAAUGACAUUGUAUGAUUUCAUACAACUUAUCCACCUCGUAAAAUUAAUACGCAUUGCCGUGAAAUUGUGUUUUGUUGGGUCAAAAAAUUGGGUUUUUGUCCUGUUCCUUAAUUUCUCUUGGGGAGAACUAUAUACAAUCAACAGAAAGCUUUUGUGUUGCUUGGCCACUAAACAACUUUACAAUGUAAACUGUCCCAUUACUUGUCUACGCCGCUAUAUUAGUUACAAGAGUUCAAUAAACAACAUAAAACCAACCUUGACUCCAUCAGUCUUGUCAACUUUGGUCAAAAAAACACAAAAACAUGCAUCCCCAAUUACAGUACCAGGUGUUCUAAUGAAACAUGGUAAACAAUGGAAGCAAUUGGAACAUAAUAAGGACAACCAAAAGCAUAAUCGCAGUAAACAAGGUAAAAUAGCCAACCACAGUAUACAAAGCUGAGUUUUCUUUUUAAUGAUAGAAAAAGCAGAAAAGAAAUAGAAGUCAGAACUUAUCGUUCAUGUGCUGACAGGAGGGUUUUUUCAGCCGAUUCUUAAAGAUGGAUACAGAAUCUGCUGAUCUUGUAGCAGCAGGAAGGUCAUUCCACAAAUGUGGGACAUAUCCAGAAAAGGUACGUGAGAUGGGAUCUUUUUGGGAUGGCACAACAAGACGUUGUUCAUUUGCAGAGCGUGGUGAUCUGGAGGGUACAUAUGUCUGUAUAAGCGAGUGAAGAUAUGUGGGUGGUCUUGUAUCCCAGCAGCAGAGUCUUGAAUUUGACGCGAGCAACUAAAGGGAGCCAAUGUAAUGAAGGGAGAAGUGACGUGUGCUCUCUUUGGUUCAUUGAAGACCACUCUUGCCGCUGCAUUCUGGAUAAUCUGCAGAGGUUUAGUUGUGCAAGCUGGAAUUCCAGCCAGUAGCGCAUCACAAUAGUCCAGCCUGGACAGAACAAGAGCUUGGACUAGGACUUGCGUGGAAUGAUGGACAGGAAAUUUUCCUAAUGUUGUUGAGGAUAAAUCUACACGUCUGGCUGGUGCUAACAUGAUCCGUGAAGUGUAGCUGAUCAUCGAUUCCCACUCCCAUGUUUCUGGCCAUUCUAGAAGGUGUGAUGGUUGAUGAGCCUUGUUGAAUGGAGAGGUUGUGAUGAAUUUUUGGGUCGGCCGAGAUUACAAGCAGUUCUGUUUUUGUAAGGUUCAGAUGCAGGUGAUGGUCCUUCAUCAAGAGCGAAAUGUCGGCUCGGGAUGUAGAAACAGUCGGAUUGUCAGGCUGAAAUGGCAGGUGGAGUUGUGUAUCAUCCGCAUAGCAGUGAUAGGAAAA